AGACCUAUUAAUGGGUGACAGGCAGCUGGGCAUACGUUUCAGAAGAUCUCUCCCAACAACUGUGGCCUCAUGUCGCGCAGCGGAGUGGGUCCUGAGCAGCACCGGCAGGGGUCAGAGGCGGACGCUACCGCUACACCCUUUCAGGCAAGAGAGCAUCAGCAUAUCCGCUACAACCCGCUACAGGAUGAGUGGGUGCUGGUGUCAGCUCACCGUAUGAAGCGGCCCUGGCAGGGACAAGUAGAGCCCUCGCUUUUGAAAGCGGUGCCCCGCCAUGACCCCCACAACCCUCUGUGUCCUGGUGCCACACGGGCCAAUGGAGAGGUGAAUCCCCACUACGAUAGCACCUUCCUGUUUGACAACGACUUCCCAGCUCUGCAGCCUGAUGCACCCAAUCCAGGACCCAGUGAUCACCCCCUUUUCCAAGCAGAGGCUGCUCGAGGCGUUUGUAAGGUGCUGUGCUUCCACCCCUGGUCGGAUGUGACUCUGCCACUCAUGUCAGUUCCUGAGAUCCGCGCUGUUGUGGAUGUGUGGGCCUCAGUCACAGAAGAGCUGGGUGCCCAGUACCCUUGGGUGCAGAUCUUUGAAAACAAAGGAGCCAUGAUGGGCUGUUCCAACCCCCACCCCCACUGCCAGGUGUGGGCCAGCAGUUUCCUGCCAGAUAUUGCCCAGCGUGAGGAGCGAUCUCAGCGGGCCUAUCAGAGUCAGCAUGGAGAGCCCCUGCUGAUGGAGUAUGGCCGCCAGGAGCUGCUCAGGAAGGAACGUCUAGUUCUAACCAGUGAGCACUGGUUAGUGCUGGUUCCCUUCUGGGCAGUGUGGCCCUUCCAGACACUGCUGCUGCCCCGUCGGCAUGUGCGGCGGCUGCCUGAGCUGACCCCUGCUGAGCGUGAUGAUCUAGCCUUCAUCAUGAAGAAGCUCUUGACCAAAUACGACAACCUAUUUGAGACCUCCUUUCCCUACACCAUGGGCUGGCACGGGGCUCCCAUGGGAUCAGAGGCUGAAGCCAACUGGGACCACUGGCAGCUGCAUGCUCAUUACUACCCUCCACUCCUGCGCUCUUCCACUGUCCGGAAAUUCAUGGUUGGCUACGAAAUGCUUGCCCAGGCUCAGAGGGAUCUCACCCCUGAGCAGGCUGCGGAGAGACUAAGAGCACUUCCUGAGGUUCAUUACAGCCUGGGGCCAAAGGACAGGGAGACAGCAGCCAUCUCCUGACCACGCUGACCCCAGGGCCUUCUGUCUGAAAGUACCAGUGCCUAGGGUUUGGGCAGAUGUGGGGUCAAUAAAACUGUACUUCUCAAACUUUAAUCACAAAUUCUAACGCCAGAGGAAUGUGAUCUCUAACCCUUGGAGGUCUGGGGUUAAAGGCUGAAGGCAUAGCUCCUGCCACAAAUUUUCUUUGCCUGCAGAUGUGCAACCACUUAAGGAUACCAAAAUUCCCCUCUAAAUCUCUGAACAAAAUGAAUACUCAGUGUUAUGUCUGGCCUAUAGAUUCUCUUACUCCUGGAGUAACAAAGCCAUCUCAGUUUAGGAAACUGAUUUAAAAUCCUGUGUUCUUGUGUGUGGCUGAGGCUUUGGGAAAGUAAGAGCCCCCCUUGCCACCACCCCUAGGGUGUCAGCUCACUAAGCUUGGGCCUGAAGUUUUGGUGGGGAGCUGGUUAGCAGAAUCCUGGUCCCAGUGGUCAGUGGCCAGACCCUGGGCUGCUGGCCAGAACCCUGGCUUUGUGAGUGGCUGCAGCUUGGCUCUGCUCCAGCCCACAGGGGCU